AUGGCUCCACAAUUGACCUGGCUUGUGACAGGCUGCUCAUCUGGCCUGGGAGAAGCUAUGGUUAAGGCUAUCUUAUCGAAAGGAGACAAAGUCAUCGCUACUGCUCGUGCGAGCCAAGGCAUCAGCGGCUCUGAGCGUCUAUCCGCAUUGGAAGAAGCCGGUGCUGCUGUACUCGAGUUGGACGUCACCUCUCCCCAGGAAGAAUUAGAUCAGAUAGCGAAAACAGUAUGGGAAGUAUAUGGGCAUAUCGACGUACUAGUCAACAAUGCUGGGUACGGUGAAAGUGGAAUUAUGGAAGAGAUGAGCGAGGAACUUAUUACAUGUUCCCUUCGCGCAAAUGCCCUUGGGCCCAUAAAUUUGACGAGAUCUUUUCUCCCCAUGAUGCGCGCUCGCAAGACGGGCACCCUUCUCUUCGUUGGCUCAGUCAGCAUCUAUUACACCAUGCCGACAAGCGGCACUUACAUUGGAUCUAAAGCUCUGCUCGAGGGCCUGGCAACCAACCUUGCAGUGGAAGUUGCUCCAUUUGGACUCCGCACCUCGAUCCUCACUUUUGGUCAUUUCCGCACCGAUCUUUUACUACCCAAUAAACGACAGUAUCGUCCACCAAACAAGGUAUCCGACUAUGAAGAGAUAAACAGUGUCAUGGAAGAGCGUAUUAAAAAAGCUCAUGGGACCUGGCCGGGGGACGCGAUGAAGGGAUGUGAGCUGGUGGUGGACGCUGUUAGAGGCGAAGGGACUUGUUCUGGUAAAGAGCUUCCCUUGCGUUUACCCGUUGGAUCAGAUACAUUCGGUAUUAUGCGUGACGAUCUUCAGAAGAGGCUACAGGUCUGUGAUGAGUGGGAGGAUAUCAUGUCCAAGACAGACUAUGAAUAG